GAACGGGACGCACGCUUUCAUUGGACAUCGGCAUCAAACCCUAUCAGCUAUUCUGUCGAUGCAUCGAUAGGCGAAUAAAGGAAGUUGACUGCGCCCACUCAUCUCAUCGCACUGGGAAUUCUGGUUCUGGGGUUUUUUUUGUUUGUUUGUUUGUUUUGGUUUUUUUUGUCCCCUCUCGGUCAGAGGUAGUAGAGGACUGGUAUGACCGAGGGUCGCGCCCCUCUUCUAAAGCUCAGGCAGCGUUCGUCAGUUUCAACUCUCUGGGGAAUAAAAAAAAAACCCAUAGGGGACUUCGAUGGCUCCGAAAUACGCGCCGAGUCUGCGCUCCCGCCUGCCGCCGCUGCUCUUCGUCCUGCAGACGGGCUUCAUUGUGGUCUACGCGCUGUGCGUUGAGCUCCAACCAAACGUCGAGACCGGGGGAGAAACCUUCAGAAGCCUUUAUUCUGAGUUCCAGGAUGUGAAUGUGGCGGUGAUUCUGGGUUUUGGCUACCUGGGCACUUUUCUAGUGCGGUAUGGAUUCAGUGGCUCUGGAUUCAGUUUUCUUGUGGCAGUCAUGGCAACCCAAUGGGCAAUCAUCCUAAAUGGCUUUGAGUCCUUGUAUCUCACGGGAAAGAUCCGGAUCGGUUUGAGAAGCUUGGUUGUUGCUGAGAUGUGUGCAGCAUCUGCCCUCAUUUCUAUGGGUACAGUGCUUGGGAAAACCAACCCUGUUCACCUCCUCCUCAUUGCCCUACUGGAGGUGUCAGGGUUCAUCCUGAAUGGAUGGAUCCUCCAAACCCUGAUCAAGGUCUUGCCUCAAAAUAGCCUCAUGCUGUUGCACAUCUUUGGGGCCUUCUUUGGGCUGAUGCUUGCAUGGGUCCUGUAUCGCGAAGGAUCGGAGCAGGGGUUCGAGAAGGAGAAAUCUGACCGCAAAACAGGAUUGUUCUCAACUUUGGGGACUUUGUCUGUGUGGAUGUUCUGGCCCAGUUUCAAUUCAAUUCUUGUGGACCAUCCUGCACCUGAGAGGAAGCUGUGGGCCAUCUGUAGCACCUACCUGGCCUUGGCUGUUAGUGCUGUGACAGCAGCUGCGAUGUCAGUGUUCACGAGUCCCAAAGGAAAAUUCGGCCCGGGCCAUAUACAGAGGUGCACCCUCGCUGGUGGCGUGGCUGUUGGGAUUUCCAUGUCAGCCGUUCAUCUCCCGUGGGUAGCCAUGACCAUCGGAUUAGCUGCUGCGGUGAUCUCCACCCUGGGAUUCCGUUACCUUAAGCUCCACAUGCUGCUUGCAUUCGAGUGCCAUGACACAUGUGGGGUUCUGAGUACACAUGGGCUCCCCGGACUGCUGGGCUGGCUAGCACAUCUUCUGUUACAGAUCAGUGAUUCGGACGACUUCACAAAGGCAAUCCGGUUCGCUGUGUUCCAUAUUUGCACUCUCCUCAUCACCCUGUGUCUUAGUAUGUCCAUGGGAUUCAUUACAGGAAUACUACUCAAAUGGGACAUCUGGAGACCACCCCAGGACAAGAAAUGUUUUGAUGACCAGGCUUUCUGGGAGUUCCCCCAUCUUGCAGUGCGGAAGUGAAAAGUUGGAGCUGGGUACAAGAGAUGGCAAUGCAAAUCAUUUUUGCCCAUUAUUCAUAUUAUUGUAGAGAUAACUACUUACAAUUAUCCUGACUUUUCAUGAAUUGCAGUUAUAAGAUUUUUUUUAUGUUGGUAAAAUGUUAGGCAAGAGUACAUCGACAAAUGAGUGAAAUGUGAGAGCCAGAGAGAAAGAUCCAUUUUUUAAUUUCACCUUUUCUCUUUAAUGAUGUCAUGGUUGUCAAAAUUUGACCCCUAUUUGGUGAUUACACAUGAAGAUGUAUGAGCACUGCAGUUUGAUAAAAAAAAAAGAAAAAAGAAGUACACACUCAGCAGAGUGCUACCUUAACAGCCUUACAUUCUGCUGUAUAAACUAAUGAACUUUCAAUAAUAAAUCUGUGAGUGAUUAAGA